AUGUCAAAGACACCUGUUACAAACACCACCACCACCUCAGCAAAGAACAACAACAACAAGAUUCGACGUCCUAUGAACUGCUUUCUCGCGUUUCGCCUUGAAAAGCAAAAUGAAAUUGUCGCCCGUUGCCCUGGUGCCAAUCAUCGUGAUAUCUCCAAGGUGAUCGCAAAGUGGUGGAAGGAAUUGCCUGAAGAGGAAAAGGAGCCUUAUCGUGAACGCGCCCGCCUCGCCAAAGUCGAACACGCUAAAAUGUAUCCUGAUUACAAGUACAGACCUCAAAAGAGAAAGGAUCGAAAGACUCGCAAAUACACACGUCGUCCUCAAAACAAGUUCACAUCACGCAUCGAAAAGAACAACGAGAUGAUGGAGCUCUUUUACAACAAUCCUCGUAUGUUGGAUACCAAGUCAUACAGCGUUGCACUUCAAGAGCAUCAUCUUCAACAACAACAGCAAAUCAUGUCUCCCGCAUCAUCUCCCUUGUAUACAAACUCCAACAGCCCCGCCAGCAGCUCUGUUACUCAAGAUGAUUUGGUGCUUUCUCCAGCAUGCUAUGAUGAUCAGCAACCCAUGAUUGUGGGUUCUUCCUCAUUCUUUUAUCAACAAUCGGUUGCUGCAGCUGCCAUGUGCUACGAUUGGUCCAUGGUGCCCACCAGAGAGUCAUGUGCGGAUAUGGCCACUACGACUACCACCAACACCAACACCACCAACCAUUACAUCACCAUGGACGUUCCCUGCGUUACGCAUAACAAUGCUGAUCCUCAAAUGGCUUUGGUCAAUGGUUGCAUUGAUCCAACCCUUCUCACUAAUACCAGCAACACACCCACCGUUUUUUCGGAUUCCCCUACUCUUUCCUAUCCUCCUAUUAUCACCGUGAAUGACACCGAUUAUUUUGACGGUUGCUACAAGCCAUUCCAUCAAGCCAAUGACAACAACGCCGCUUACAUGCCUUCUCCCGGUGAUUUUGAACAUGGCUACAAUAUGCAAGCAUGA